CGGGCGGCUUGACGGCGGGCAGUCGGCCGGGGUGUUGAAGGAAUCCGGCUGGUGAAUCUGACCGGCGAGCGACUUUCUCACUGAGGGGAAGAGACUUUACCGGGAGCCGCUGAGAGGAGAGACAAGCGUCCGACAGUCGAGCGGGGAAAGCGGCUUUGCUGAGGAAGGAAAAGCGGCAGAAUACCAUGAUGGCAGUCCUGGGCAGCGCCGGACGCUUUAUACAACUGUGUUCAGUGGCGAGGAGCAGCGUCGGCCUCAGUGUGAGGAGGCGAUCCACCGCCGCCGCCUUGGCCCAGCCUGUGAGUCCAGAGACACAGGAGAACAGGAAGCCCAGGACGGGCAUCCUGAUGCUGAACAUGGGCGGACCUGAGAAACUGGAAGACGUUCACGACUUCCUGCUGCGGCUCUUCAUGGACACGGACCUGAUGAAACUCCCUGUGCAGAACAAACUGGGUCCGUUCAUCGCCAAGCGCCGCACGCCAAAGAUCCAGGAGCAGUACAGCAAGAUCGGAGGAGGCUCGCCCAUCAAGCACUGGACCUCCAUGCAGGGCGAGGGCAUGGUCAAGCUGCUGGACGAGAUGAGCCCCGACACAGCUCCUCAUAAGUUCUACAUCGGUUUCCGUUACGUCCACCCGCUGACGGAGGAGGCCAUCGAGGAGAUGGAGAAGGACGGCGUGGAGCGAGCCGUCGCCUUCACACAGUACCCGCAGUACAGCUGCUCCACCACAGGCAGCAGUCUGAACGCUAUCUACCGUUACUAUAGCAACAGAGGAGACAGGCCCAAGAUGCGCUGGAGUGUCAUCGACCGCUGGCCCACACACCCUCUGCUGGUGGAGUGUUUUUCAGAGCACGUUCGUAACGAGCUGCUGAAGUUUCCAGAAGAGAAGAGAGACGACGUCGUCAUCCUGUUCUCAGCUCACUCACUACCUCUGGCUGUGGUAAACAGAGGUGACCCCUAUCCUCAGGAAGUGGGGGCCACAGUGCAGAGAGUGAUGGAGCGACUGGGGCACUGCAACCCCUACAGACUGGUGUGGCAGUCCAGGGUGGGCCCCAUGCCGUGGCUUGGCCCCCAGACGGACGAGGUGAUCAAAGGCCUGUGCGAGCGAGGGAAGAAGAACAUCCUGCUGGUGCCCAUCGCCUUCACCUCCGACCACAUCGAGACUUUACACGAGCUGGACAUCGAGUACGGACAGGUGCUGGGGGAGGAGUGCGGAGUGGAAAACAUCAGGAGAGCAGAGUCUCUGAAUGGGAAUCCUCUCUUCAUGAAGGCGCUGGCGGACCUGGUCCAGUCCCACCUGAGGUCCAACGAGCCGUGUUCCCGCCAGCUGACGCUCAGAUGCCCGCUGUGCACAAACCCCACCUGCGGGAAAACCAAGGCCUUCUUCGCCAACCAGAAACUCUGAUGCACACACACACACACACACACACACACACACACACACACGGGAAACACACACACACACACACAAACCACACUUUGAUGCUUGAUUCUGCAUCAGUGCUGCCUGCGAAGAAACUUAGGCCUUCUUUGUCAACAUGAAGCCCGCACACACACACACGCACACACACACACACACACACACACACACACACACACACACACACACACACACACACCAUGUCUCUCCAACAAACACAGGGUUCUAACAUUAUUCGAACAUAACAUGAAAAACCUGGCCGAAUAAUAUUUGCAGAUACAUUUUCACAGCUUGUUUUAUUCGCCCUUGCGUGCCAGACGGGCGGGGCUUCAGCCAAACAAAUCAAAAUGUUUACCGUUUAGAUUAAAAAAAAACAUAUUCUCAUCUGGGAUUGACCGCCUGCUGUCGAUGAUGUGAAAGUGUCUGAGUUUCUAAACCCCGCCCACCGGGUGCAGCCAGGGGCGUAAAACAAACGCUAAGAAGGGUUAGCAGAUGUUAUUUGGUGGCGGACUGUCCGGCGCUACAGGAAACAAGCCUUGCACUCUUUGUUUUUUAUUGUUUAGUUCAGUUUAGUUUUGCUUACAUUCCAUCCGCUCGGCCCCUGCAGAACUCCAUGGGAGACCCCGUUUCUCGCUGGUGCUAAACAAGAGGGCGGCCACACCCCACACAAGGAAUCUGAUUGGCUGUUUCUUUCUCUCUGUCUCCGCCCCCCCCUGCAUCCCAGAUGUGUCCUCGCACCCUAUUGGCCCGCUUGUCUAAACCCCGCCCCCUCCUCCUCCUCCUCGUGCUGUGAUUGGAGGAGGUGGAUGCUACUCAGAGCGCUGCUGCUGCUGCUGAAUGCACGUUAGGGUUUUUUUUUGUUGUUGUUUUUGUUUGUUUUUCUGUUUUCCGGGUCAAAUCCCGGAGCGCAGGGCUCGAGGGCCGCAAAGGGAAGAGAGGGAAGCCUGGAGGCCGUUACCACGGCGAUGUGACAGGUGGAAGAUGAGCACGUCAAGCUAGGCAAACAUGGAAAUGAGGUUCACGUCAGUGGUUCUCGACCUGCACGUCGUUAUUAUCAUUUUAUUUUAUUUUUUUGUUCAAUAAUAAAUCGUGUUCAGCCUCCAGGCCUCCUUUAAUAACCAUCCAACUGCCUGAAAAGGGAAAAAUCAUCUUUUGUUUGUGCUGUUCAGCGCUUUGCAGACGACAGCGCGCAUCGCUUCAUUAAGGCAUCGUGAGCUAAAAAAAUGUAAAAAAAAAAAAAAAAAUGUAUAAAAGGUUGAGAACAAACUGCAGCUUGAGUUCAGCGUUAACCUGCUGCUUUAUGCGUUCUUUUAUUUAGCUGCUUUUCUAAGUGCAGGUGAGCAGGAACAAUUAUCAAUAUAGUAAUAAAAAUGAUUAUGAUCAUAAAAACCCUGGAGCUUCUUCAUAGAAAUCAAACCUCAGUGAAGGUCAGUGAAGGUCAGUGAAGGUCGAGGAGGAAAGUCAGUCAGACGGCAAAAUAUUCUCUGAUUAACGUCCGAUUAGUGAUCAAGCGCACUCACUACUGAUGUUUAAUAACUUUGAAAAUGACUGUUUCAGAAUGUACAGUUUGUAAAAACACCAACACAAACCUCGGUUUGGACUAACAAGUCAGAGAGGCGGCAGAAGCCCCGCCUUCUUUCAGCCGGAGAGGCGGAGCCUGACCGGUUUCCAUGUCAGCCGUCAGGAGCAUCAGCAUGAUGUUUCUUCUCUGAACUCCAAAUUAUCAAAAUGUCAAAAAGCUCAUUUCAUAACUCAGCAGGUUGAGUCUGAGGCAGCGGCUCCAUUUCAUGUUUUUUCUUUAAAUCAUUAGUUUUAUUUGUAAAGCUGGGGUGCAGCAGGGCGGCGUGGCACUUAAAGGAACAUUCCAACAGACUGAGACCAGAUGUUGGACACCAUCUUCACCUCUGGACGUCCAGAGGCUCAGUUCCUUUGGGUAGCAUUUCCUGUUAGCUUAGCAUAAAGACUUGAAGUCUAUGGGAGUCGUUAGCCUGAGUUCGAUCCCGUCAGCUGAGUCUCUAAAACGCUCACAUUUAAAUUUAUUAACCUAGUUCAACCCGACUUCCUGUGUUGACAGGAGAUUAACCUCUGACCCCGCUCAUGCCCCGCCCCCUCCACAUGCCCCUCCCUCGUCCCGUGCCGCCAUGACAACGUGCCUUUUCACACCGGCUGACUACACAGAGUGGGUUUGUGCUUUACAUGUUUGUGUGUGAAUUUUCCCAAAAUGUGGAAGAGAAAAAAAUCCCCCUGGAAGCUGAGCUGCUUCCUCUUCCUGUGAGAACCCAUUUCUUUUUUUUUUUUGUCAUUUUAACUCCGUGCUCGCGGCUCGUGACUGAAGAUAAGCGGCUGCAUCCUGCUGCUUUUGUUUUGGUUUGUUUGUUUUCGGCCCCGUUCAGCCGUUCAGCACGUCAGCUGAUGUAGAAAUGAUCAACAAGAACAAUUAUAAAAAUAUCACCAAGAGUUCAACAAAUUACGUUUCAUUUGGACACGCCCACAGGGUUCAGGUCAGGGCUCUGAUUGGCUGAGCGUUCAUGUGAAGCCCGUCUCAGCAAAUGGGCAGCAGGCCACACAUUUUGAUGACCAAUCACAGCUCUGGUGGGCGUGUCCUGCCCAGAACUCCGGUGGGAUCCAUAAUGACUCCUUGCAGACGCGUGAACGGCUGAACUCUUGUUGCUGCGAGACGUUCAGAGAAAUUCAGUUUUUUAGAUUUUGUACCCAAAUGAGGUUCAGGUAGCGUCGCCACUCACCGUUACAAAAAAAAAAACAACAAAACAAAACGAAAAGAAAACAGAAAGAAAAGAGGAGCUGUGACGUCACCCGCCGCCGCCGCCGCCGCCGCCGCCGCCACUCGUCACCCGCCUGCCAGGUUUCUUCUCUCUUUCCAAAAAAAACACAGAACAAGUCCAGCCGAAACGCCUGAAAUCUGAAAUGGAAAUUUUCUGAAGUUUUUGGUUGGUGUUACCGUGGUUACCAACUGCAGGCCGCCAUGUUGGAGGAGCGAGAGACUUCCUGGAACCGCGGAACAGCUCGUUUGAAAACCUUAACAAUGCUUAAAAAAACAAAAAACAGGAAUAUUCCUCAUCUUAACAGGAAAUAAUGAUCCAGUCUUUGUUUUUGUUUUGUUUUGUUUUGUUUUUUAUGAUUUUUCCUCCAACAUGGCGGCACCUCCAUCGUAACCAUCGGCAAACGCUGACCUCACACGCUCAUUAAAUCAAACCUCAUUAAAUCCUUAAAAAGCAGGUCUGUGUAUAAAAACGAUACAAAUUUGUGUAAAAAAAAUGAGAAACGUGUGAGAUCUCCGUGAGACGCGCUGACUCGGCUCAAAGGGGGGAUUUUUCCUCAGUCUAACAUGUUUUUUUUGUUUGUUUUUUUUGGUAUUUUAUUUUGAAACAUCAUCUGUAAGUUGGCAACUGUUGAGUUGUAAGAGUUUUCAGGUGUGUGUGUGUGUGUGUGUGUGUGUGUGUGUGUUUAGCUGACAGUAGCUUGCUUUGUAAAUACAUAGGAAUGACCAGAGGACGCUGUCGUUUUGUUUGGAUUUAUUUAUUUUAUUUGUCUUCUUCAUUUUUUCAGUUUUUUUUUUUUUUUUUUUUUUUGGUUUCAGAGCUCACAAACCAUCCGUCUCUGUACUUUUUUAUAUCUGACAGACAUGGCAACCAGUCUUCCUUGCACAAAAUAAAAACUGGCUCGGCUGAAACUCAAA